AUGCGUCCCGACGGCCCUCGGGACCCCGUCGCGGGGCCCGACAGCGGGCCAGAACCUCCCUUUCCUAUCCGUCUGGAGGGGCCGGUGAUUAAAGGGUUUGGGAGGGGGAGUAAGGAGAUGGAUUGGUUGCUCGGAAUCCCCACCGCCAACAUCCCCCCUGACGGGCUGGACCAAUAUCCCGACCUGCAGACGGGCGUCUACUACGGCGUAGUCGCGCUCGACCCGGCGCGGUUCAUCUACAACAAGGACGAAUCCACCGCGCAGAUUGCAGACAACAACAGCGACGGUAGCCAGGGGACGGCGAGCACGAAGCCAGCGACCAUCCUCCCUGCUGUGCUGAGUAUUGGGUAUAACCCGUUUUAUAAGAAUACUGUUCGCUCGGUGGAAAUCCACAUCAUGCCCCCACUCUCAUCAUCCUCCCCUACAACCAUCAGCAAUUCAUCCUCCGGGCAAAAAGUCUCCUUCUACAAACUCCCCGACUUCUACUCCACGCGCCUGCACCUGCUGAUCCUGGGGUACAUCCGCCCCGAAUACGACUACGUCUCGCUGGAGGCGCUGAUCGAGGACAUUCGCGUCGACUGCGAGGUGGCGCGCAAGAGCCUGCAGCGCGAGGCGUAUCGGGUGUAUCUCGAUGAUGGUGACGAGACGGGGGAUGAGCAUGUGAGGGAGCAGAGGAGGUGGUUGAGGAGGUUUUGA